AAGGUGUAUGUUGGCAAUUUGCCCUAUGAUAUCCGCUGGGGCCAGCUCAAGGAUUUCAUGCGCUCAGCUGGGGAGGUGAUUCAUGCUGAUGUGCUUACUGGUCGUGAUGGACGAUCCAAAGGAUGCGGUGUUGUUGAGUUCGCCACUGUGAGCGAAGCACAGCGUGCCAUGGACGAAUUGAACGAGUCCAACCUCGGUGGUCGCAACGUCUUCAUCCGCGAGGACCGUGAGCCCGACAAGGGAGACCGUGGUGGUGACCGAGGCGGCCGUGGUGACCGUCGCGGAGGCCGAGACUUUGAGCCUCGUCCAAGUCGAUCUACCUAUGUGCCUCAAAUUACACAAACAACCUCUCCUCAAUUGUUCAUCAUGAACCUACCAUACAGCGUUGGCUGGCAAGAUCUCAAGGACCUCUUCCGCAAUGCUGGCAAGGUUGUCCAAGCAGACGUCGGACAGCUCCCUGAUGGCCGUUCAAAGGGCUCUGGCACCAUCUUGUUUGAGACUGUGGCCGAAGCACAACGUGCCAUCACCCAAUUCCAAGGAUACAACUGGCAAGGUCGUGUGAUUGAGCUCAAGGAGGACAAAUUCGCUUCCCGAGACAAUGGCAAUCGUCGCGGCAGUGGGUCGUAUGAGCGUCCUCGAGGCAAUAGCAUCUCUGGGGGUCAUUCUAGCGGCGCUGGCUUUGACGGUGGUUACGCACAGCCUGCUGCUGUAGCACAGCCCAUGGAGCCAAACCCCUUCACGGACAAUGCUUGGGGCAACGGUGAUCCGUCCGACACGAUUUUCGUCAAGAAUUUGCCAUGGUCGACCUCGGACGAGGACCUUGUGGAGCUGUUUGUUACCAUUGGCCCUGUUGCGCGUGCUGAGAUCUGCUACGAAGCCAAUGGACGUUCCAAGGGUAUGGGCGUGGUACAAUUCGAUGAACAGGAGCACGCAGAGGUGUCCAUCCAGCGUUUCACGGGCUACCAGUAUGGUGGCAGACCACUCAAUUUGUCUUAC